GAAUGGAGUGGUCGACGCUUAUGGCGGCUCGCAAGUCUCUAUAUAUGUAUAUAUUGUACCUCGUAGUACGUAAAAUCACAAAACUGAUCGUUUUGUAGUAACAAGGGAACGUUUACGCGCCGUCGUAUAGUUAUUAUACGUAUAUGUGCAACGCCACGACCUGUCACGAUUUCGCAGCGAUUAAUCUGACCGAGUGAGUUAGGUUAGGUUGUUGAUCGACGAUUAUUCCUUGGUUUUGGGAAUUCGAAUUUGACUCGCGACAUAUAAUAUAACCUGGAAAGUAUGUCAAAUUGGCGAUCGAGUCACCCCGCGGAGCGACGGGACACGCAUAAGAAUAACCGGGAAAACAGGCGCGACAGGAACGACGAGACGCACAGAGACAGAUCGCAGAGAAGCAGGGACAGGGAUCACAGAGGCGGCAGACGCGAUCACUCCAGGAGGGACGACGAGAAGCAGAAUGAGAAGAGGAAGCACGAGAGAUCGCCGUCGAGACGGGAGAACAGCCAUCCCAGGCACAGGGAGCGUAACGAGAGGAGCAGAAGUAGAGACAGGCGAGAGGAUUCUGGCCGAAGACGCAACGAUCAGCACAGGCAGAAGCGAAGCCCGGAGGAUGGGAGAAUGAAGAGGGAAUCCUCCGCGGACUGGGGAAAGUCGGCUGUGAAGGAGGAGAAGGAGAAGCCCAACUUCGAACUGUCGGGAAAACUGACGGAGGACAUGAACACCGUCAACGGCGUGGUCAUCAAGUACUCCGAGCCGCAGGACGCGAAGAAACCCAAACGUCGAUGGAGAUUGUAUCCCUUCAAGGGCGAGAAGGCGUUGCCUACGUUAUACAUACAUCGACAGUCGGCUUAUCUCAUGGGCAGGGAUCGCAAAGUGGCCGAUAUACCCCUGGAUCAUCCCUCGUGCUCCAAGCAACACGCCGCUCUGCAAUAUCGUUUAGUCUCUUACCAAAAAGAAGGUGGUGCCGAGGGUAGAAGAAUACGACCGUAUAUUAUUGACUUAGAGUCCGCAAACGGCACCUUUGUAAAUAAUGUGAAAUUAGAACCGAGGAGGUAUCACGAAUUAUUAGAAAAAGACGUGGUACGGUUUGGUUUUAGUACCAGGGAAUAUGUUUUAUUGCACGAACAUAGUAAGGAUGAUUUCUUUGACGAUGACGUACCUCUUACAAAUGAGACCUAGGAACUUAAUUUUAAUGUGGAAAUAUAUCCAAAAAUACCAGAGAUGAAUAUGUAUCAAGACUGAUGCAGAAAUCAAGCUGUGAGAAUCAAGAGAAACACUGUAUCUGUGAAGAAGAAGAACCAGUAAAAAUGUAGAUACAAAGUCUUAUAAUAAUCUUUUAAAUUCUUGAAAUUGUUUUAAAUGCAUAUUAGUAUUAUACGUGUAAAAUAGCUACUUUUGGAAGUUUAUGAGUCACCAAAAUAUAUUUCGCAAAUCCGAAAUUUGCCGCAAAGAAAGAGGAAUAGUACCCCACUUUUCUUUUGUACAUUUUUCUGUGACAUUUAAUUUGGUACCUUAAUAGAGUUUGAAGUAUGUCAUGUAUGUAACUCGUAGGUUAAAAAUAAUUAAACUUCUGAUGUAUAUUGUUUGUAAUAUAUUAUUUACAAUUAUUUAGUA